CAGACACAGAUGAGUCGGUCCCCGCCCUUGUUUCUUUAAAUACCACCAGCAGCAGCAGCAGCGGUACUGCUGUGAACUGUUACAUUGAAACUGAAUUAACUGAACACAUUGCGCAUGCUUUCUACACGCUUUUUGAAUUCGUGAUUAUUUCACCUCGCUGUAGUUGUAUUUAUCUUCUCUAACAUGGAGCUGGACCGGCGGUUGUUGUUGGCACACUGUGCGCUCCACGCCGCGUCGGUGGUGGCGGGCUUGCUGGUGGUCAUCCCCAUGGCUCUCAACGGCUCCGCGUUCAAAGGCCGCUGCGCACUUUUCUCCACGGGCUACUGGAGAACAGACGACCGGGCCGAGGCGACUGAGCAGCCGGGACACGCCUCCCACCUGGUGGUGCAGCAGUGGGGCCCACUGGCGGCGUGCCAGUUCUCCACGUUCGUGGGUAUUUUCACGGUGCUGUACGGUGCCGCGCAGGGCUGGAGGUGCCUCUUUUAUCUGCACGGACGACAUGACGACACCCUGUUUUCGUCCUUCCUGACUGUGCUGCUGAGCGUGUGUGUGCUCUUCCUGUCUGGAGGGGCCAGUGUCCUCUUGUCUCUGGGUCUGUCCUCCUGGUGUGACACUGUGACUGAUAACAACAAGCAGCCAUACACCUGUGCAGAGUCCCAGUCUGUUCCUCUUUACCUGGAUGUGGACACAUCGUCCUUCUACACAGAGCUCAGUCUGGCACAGGUGUCUCUGUGGUGUGUGACGGCUCUGUGGCUGGCUCAUUCCAUCCUGGCCUUUCUCCGGCUCUACCACUCCCACAGUCAGCACAUCCGCCGGCCUUGUCUUCCUCGAGAGAAGCAGCUCCUUCUUGGUCACAGUCCGUCUGACAACAGCAGCAGCAGCUCCAGCAGCUCCAGCAGCAGCAGCUCGCCCUCUCCUCCUCCAGCAACACCCACCAUCUUAGUCUAACUCAGAGUUAAGGAGGUUGUUACAUAAGGGGACAUUUUUACUUUCAAUAUCUAAAUGAUGUCUUUUAAAUUAGGUUUGACACCAAUUUUUUUAACCUCAUUCCUCCUGGUAAUGUGAACUCCUAAAGUCCUAUCAGUCCAUGUAUAAUUUUACUGUUUUAAUAAUUGGUUUAGUUCAUAAUGUUAAAAUUAACUUCAGCCAAUGAGUAACACAUAACAAAUUUAUGUUUCAACUGUGAAGCAAAAAUACUUUUGAACAAUAUUUUGUGUUAAUCAGUUUUUGGCUGUUUUAUAUAGGAUUUAGCCUGAAAAGGCUUCAUUGUGAUGUCUGAGCAUUGCUCACAUUACAUUACAGUGUGUAAAUCAAGCACCCGCCGCCUCAUAGUGACACCACAUGCAACCAGACGGUGCUUACUCUAAACACUUCGCUAUAUUGAAGAUGCAUGUUUGUUCAAAGAUGUUUAGCUGGAGUCCUAACAGUUUGCACAGUUGGUUCCACAUCAGGGAGAAAACCUUUUUGUCGACUUGGUAUAAAUGUGAUGUUCUGAUGUUGCACUGAGGCGCUUUUAUUGUGAAGCAUGUGGUAAGAGUGUGACGUAGUCGCCAUGUACAGUACGUGGAACAGGCUCACUGUGUGAGCAUGACCCGAAUGUCCUGUUGCAAACAGAAAGAGUUAUUGCUGCCUCUCUCCUCUUGUGAUGAUUUGUGUCAUGAUGCCGUUAGUGUGGACGCAGCCACUCUCUGGCCAUUAAUGAAGCAGUCAUAUCCUCUCUAGCCAUCCAUGUAGACCCUGUCCUGGAUAGUCAGGGGCUAAACUUUCAUGGAUCCUUUUGAGAGAGAUUGGUGUGGAAAAGGCUCAGUGAAGAGGAAGGAAGUUACUAAGUUAGCUGAGUUUGUUUUUUUUAGAUGAACUAUUAGAACUUUCUCUCCUCAAUCAGAGUGGUUGUAAUGACACACAGACAGCAGAGCAAUAAAUCUGAUUGAACGACGACGAGACAGUCAAAUUGUGAUUUGUAACAGAUUAAAUGUUUUUUAUGGUAAUUGAAAAUAAUCUUAACUUUUAACCCCUCGUAUUUGUUGAGUCUAUUUAUAUUCAUGUUUUUUUUCAUUCAGAAUAAAAAGCCUCUCAUCAUUCA